AUGCCGGUGGAGCGCGAUGUUAAGGACAUCGUGCAGUCUCUUGUCAGUCAGGAGGGACCCUACACGGUCGAGAGACCCUUCCCUACAAAUCGCUUGGCCCAAGUCGAUCCUUUCAUUAUGUUCGAUCACAUGUGCCCGGUCACGUUCAAGCCAGACGAGGCUGUCGGCGCUCCCUUGCAUCCGCAUCGAGGGCACGUGCAUCUGUGCUCUCGAGGGAACGAACGUUCGCUGAUUCGCGGCCUUCACUACAACAGGUUCGAGGCCGUGACUGUGAUGCUCCAGGGCGAGCUCGAGCAUCGCGAUUCCAUGGGCAACAAGGGCCUUCUGCGUGCGGGCGAUGUGCAGCGGCUCACCGCCGGCAGCGGAGUAGUGCACGACGAAGGACCCUCGCCCAACAUGAAGAGACUGGGCGGCACCAUCGAAAGCUUUCAAAGAUUCAAGCUGGCCGAUCCGGCCUACCAGGACGUGCCCAAGGAGAAGAUCCCCGUGAUCAUCAUGAACAAGUUCAUCGUGCGAGUCAUCGCCGGCGAGGCGUUUGGCCAGAAGGCCGUCGUCAACACCAAGGUCCCCAUCCAGCUCCUCGAUGUACACAUGGAGUCGGGCGCCGAGUUCAAACACAACAUUCCACCGGAGAUGAACGCGUUCGUGUUUGUGUACCGAGGGGAGGGCCGGUUCGGCAAGUCGCACCAGCCGGGCAAGUCCGGCCAGGCGCUCAUUUUGGACACGACGGGCGCCGCCUCGUUCACAGCCGUGGCCAAUACGGAAUCCAACCUCAAGUUUCUUCUGCUUGCGGGCCAACCCAUCAACGAACCGAUCGCGAGGUAUGGUCCGUUCGUGAUGAACACGUACGACGAGAUCGAGAAGGCGUUUGCGGAUCACGCCGCGGGGAAGAUGGUGCUGGUGAAGCCCAAGUUCGAGAUGGAGACGAACCGUCAGCACGAUUACGACCCAACCAACAAGGACUCCUCCAUCGUGUGA